CGCGUCUCCUCCAGUUCAAAGCAGAGAGAUGCGCGCACGCCGAGGACACGCACAGCCGCUCACGGCUCCGGGCCGCGGGACACCUCGAACCGCGUCCGAUCCGGGUUUGAAGUCGCUGCGUUAGACGGAACAUGGCGAACUUUGUCACACUUUGCAUGUCACGGAAGAAGCCCCGCGCCGUGCGGAGAGCCGCGCUGCCGAGCGGCUGAUUGGACUCGAAGAAGCACAAUAACACUCAGACCCGAUUCCGCUCUUGUGCCAUUUCUGACCCGGUUCCUUUUCCCACUUUGCGUUUGAGAGAUGAUCACGGAGCUGGUGUGCACCGCCGCAGCUGUGGGUCUCUAUCUGAACACGCUGGACGCAGAUUUCUGCUACGAUGACAGCCGAGCCAUCAAAACCAACCAGGACCUCCUGCCUGAGACGCCUUGGACCAACAUCCUGUAUGAUGACUUCUGGGGCACCCUCCUCACUCACAGCGGCAGCCACAAGUCCUUCCGACCUCUCUGCACGCUCUCCUUCCGCCUCAACUACACCCUGCAUGGCCUGCACCCAUGGGGGUUUCACCUGCUGAACGUGGCGCUCCACGGAUUGGUCACCGCCCUCUUCACCACUUUCAGUCGACACCUGCUGGGUGGAGGACUUUGGACCCUGCUGGCUGGUCUCCUUUUUGCUUCCCACCCGGUGCACACCGAGGCAGUGGCUGGGGUAGUGGGGCGGGCGGAUGUGGGCGCCGCCUUGUUUUUCUUGCUGUCCCUUCUCUGCUAUGUGAGACACUGCAGACUUCGUAAGGACAUUUGUGGUGGCACUAGGUCCCGCUGCAGUGGUGGCAGCUGGGGUUGCUGGGCGUGGAUGGUGGCGACUCUCUGGUGUGCCGCAGCCAGCAUGCUGUGGAAGGAACAGGGGGUGACAGUGUUGGCUGUUUCCGCUAUUUACGACCUCUUCCUGUUCCAGAGACUCCGCCUUCGCCAGGUUCACCUUCUCUUGCAGGGAAAGAAAAAGAACAUCAGUGCUUUGCUGAGUCUUGGUGUGCUGGCUUCCUGGGGAGGGAUUCUUCUGUCAGCUCGACUCUACUGGAUGGGCAAUAAGCCUCCCAACUUCUCCAACUCUGACAACCCCGCAGCUGACUCACCGCAUUUUCUCACCCGAAUGCUGACAUUCCUCCAUUUGCCCGCUGCCAAUGCCUGGCUCCUUCUUUGCCCUGACAAACUUAGCUUUGAUUGGUCCAUGGAUGCCGUGCCAUUAGUCAAGUCCUUGGCUGACUGGAGGAACCUUCACACUGUUGCCUUUUACUUUGGAUUUGUCCUUCUGGCUUUAUUUGGUCUCCGUGGUGUCACAUACACAGCUAAGGAAACCAAUGGAAAAUCCCAAGUUGCCAAUGGGAAAUCGAUCAGUAACGGGAAUGACUAUCAUACCUUUGACACAAGUCACAACACAAACUUAGACCAGGGGCUGCCAAAGACCAUCCUGAACGGGUCUGCUGAACAUCAUUGCUACCCUCAGUGGACAUCCCUGCCCCCUACAGAAAAUUUAGUACUGUUCUCCUUAGGCAUUCUUUCAUUGCCAUUCAUCCCUGCAACCAACCUCUUCUUUUACGUAGGCUUUGUGAUUGCAGAGAGGGUACUGUACAUUCCCAGCAUAGGCUUUUGUUUACUGGUUGCUGCUGGUGCUAGAACAUUGUAUGUCAGUUUGUGGACUAGAGGCUGCAGAGCCGUACUGUUGUGUCUCUGCACAGGAUUGCUGCUGCUGAAUGGGAUUCGAACUGUUCAACGGAACAGGGAUUGGAGCAGUGAGGAGAAUCUCUACAAGUCUGGGAUUAGUGUAAACCCCGCCAAAGCCUGGGGUAACUUGGGGAACGUGCUGAAGAACCAGGGCAAGAUGGCAGAGGCGGAGACGGCGUACAGAAACGCCCUGCACUGUCGAGGGAACAUGGCGGAUAUGCUGUACAACCUGGGUUUGUUGCUCCAGGAGAGUGAGCGCUAUUCUGAGGCACUACAUUAUUACAAACUGGCCAUUGGGAGUCGACCAACGCUGGCAUCGGCCUACUUGAACACAGGAAUCAUUCUGAUGAACCAGGGCAGCCUUGAAGAGGCCAAACGUACCUUCCUAACAUGUGCCGACAUUCCUGAUGAGAACCUGAAAGACCCUCACGCACACAAGAGCUCGGUCACCAGCUGCCUGUACAAUCUCGGAAAACUGCUCCAUGAACAGGGCCAGCAGGAGGAGGCCCUGUCGGUUUAUAAGGAAGCCGUGCUGAAAAUGCCCAGACAGUUUGCACCGCACAGCCUUUUCAACAUGAUGGGUGAGGCCUACAUGAGGCUGAACAGGCUGGAGGAAGCAGGUCACUGGUACAGGGAGUCCCUCAGGGCCAAACCGGACCACAUUCCUGCCCACCUUACUUACGGGAAGCUCCUGUCCAUCGUUGGGCAGAAGACAGAAGCUGAGAAAUACUAUCUAAGAGCUAUUCAACUUGACCCAACAAAAGGGAACUGCUAUAUGCACUAUGGUCAGUUUCUGUUGGAAGACUCCCGUCUUGGCGAAGCAGCGGAGAUGGCAGAGAGAGCCGCCGAGCUGGACAGCUCCGAGUUUGACGUGGUCUUCAGUGCCGCGCACAUGCUAAGGCAGGCCAGUCUAAAUGAGGCAGCAGAGAGACACUACAAGCGCGCAGCCAGUCUCAGACCAGACUACCCAGCCGCUCUGAUGAACCUUGGUGCAAUCCUCCACCUGAAUGGGAAGCUUCCAGAAGCCGAGGCCAACUACCUACGUGCGCUCCAGCUCAAACCUGAUGAUGCCAUUACCCAGUCCAACCUACGUAAGCUGUGGAACAUCAUGGAGAGGCAGGGCCUCAGGACUCAAAAUGGGGUUGGGGUACAAAAGGAUGAAUUUUGAA